AUAGACCAGGUGAACACUUCUGUUUCUCUCAGUCUUAAUUUAUUCCAAAAUGUAUUAGUUCAAAUAAAAACCUAAAAAAACCAAAAAUAAACCAACCUUAUAACCUUUCUAACUUUUAGUUUUAAAUUGAUGCUUCCCAUUUCUAGAGCUGUAAAGGUGGAGGGACUAGCUAUAAGCUUCCCCCUCUAUGUAAACAUUAAGUCUAUAGACUUUGUUUUGAAUAUUCUUUUUUAAUGUAUUUUUCACUAUGUGCUUAAGGUUGCACACACUCGCUUUAAAACUGGAUCUUAGACAUGCUCAACUGAGACCGGUUGUAUCUACUAUUUACACUUGGAGGGUGCGCCUUCAAGUUCAAAAUGUAGAGAAACCUCUCUACCGUGGGACCUUCCACUGCUUUCAGUCUAUCAUAAAGCAAGAAACUGCUUUUGGACUCUAUAAAGGUAUUGGGUCACCAAUGAUGGGACUUACCUUCAUUAAUGCGCUUGUGUUUGGCGUACAAGGAAACACACUUCGUGCUCUUGGAAAAGACACUCCAUUAAACCAGUUUCUUGCAGGAUCAGCAGCAGGAGCCAUUCAGUGUGUCAUCUGCUGCCCUAUGGAGUUAGCAAAAACAAGAAUGCAACUUCAAGGCACAGGUGAAUACAAAUUAAAGUCAAAGAAUUACAAGAAUUCUCUGGAUUGCUUAAUUAAGAUCUAUCGAAAGGAAGGGUUGAAAGGCAUCAACAGAGGCAUGGUUUCCACAUUCAUAAGAGAGACACCAAGUUUUGGUUUUUAUUUCCUGACAUAUGAUUCUCUGACCAGGUACCUAGGCUGUGAAGCUGAGGACAGUUACAUCAUUCCCAAACUGUUGUUAGCUGGAGGCAUGUCAGGCAUUGUAUCCUGGCUUUCAACCUAUCCUGUGGAUGUGAUCAAGUCCCGGCUUCAGGCAGAUGGAGUUGGGGGAGUUGCACAGUACAAAGGCAUUCUGGACUGUAUUAGGAAGAGUUACCAUGAUGAAGGUUGGAGGGUGUUUACAAGGGGCCUUACUUCUACACUUCUCCGAGCUUUCCCUGUCAAUGCAGCUACUUUUGCCACUGUCACCGUGUUCCUUAUGUACAUGAGGUCAGAAGAGAACCUCCGUGAAUGUGAGCCGGGUCCAGCAAUCCAGCAGCCUUCAAGCUUGUGAAUUCAGCAAUUUAGCGACUGUUACAUGUUUGUUUCCUGAACCUGAAAUUUUACUUGGCUUAUUUUUAUAAACACUUGAUUUGUAGAAACCGUUUAAAAUAAAUUUUGUAUAUAAAGAAUUCCUAAAUGUAUGGAUUAGGACUUCAUCUCAUCACUGGUUGAGCAGCCUACUGCCUUAUUCAUGAUCUACAGUGGCUUGUAAAAUCCAAGCUGUGUUGGGACCUGCUCUAGAAAUGUACUGUACAGACACUACUAGUAUAUUGUUACUAAAAACCUGAAAUAUCUCACAGUAUCAGAAAUUUGGGUUUUUUUCUGACCAUGUUUUAAAUGACUUGAUGGAUAACAAUUUAUGCUGAAAAUAUUUUUUAAGGUUUUGUACAUGAUUGGAAGAUGUAUAGUGGGGGAGAGGGUGUAGAAACCGCAUGGUAAAGGAGUUGAAUAGGUUACCCAUAAUUGUAUGAAUUGAGUUAGCCUUUAGCUAACCACAUCUCUUUCCUUUGCUUGUAUAAUGUCAGAGUUUGGUAAUAUCUUGGUUUAUAUUGGCUUUAUCUCAUCUUUUAGCUACUUUCUUAGUUGUGUUUAGAAAAACAUUUUCAUUUUUCUUUUUAAUUUUUUUGCUUUAAAGGGGUAGCAUCCAAACUGUUUCUUUUAAACUGCAGAUUUUAGGAGACAGCGCAGUUGAGAUUGCAGUGAUUUGCAUGUGUUCCUCGCUUGCGUGUGCAUGGAAUGUAUUAAUUAGCUUUGGCAUAAGCUAUUCUUUUGAGGUUUACAUGACACAGCCCACCAUUCUCUGAACACACAAUGACAGUGGUGAGUUAAAGCCAAAGUCCCUUCAUGUCCCUGCUCAAACUAUUAAUAUAUAAGGAUGCAGGACUGUCACUUGUAUAGUUGGGAGUGUUGUGUACAUAUUUUGGUGAAAAUAUCUAAGUGUGUGUAAAGUGACGGUUUUGUGCCUCUGCACAAUAGUGAUAAGGAUGUUGAAAUGACACAAAGCUAUUGGCAUUCAAUACAUUUGUAUUCUGAACUACUUACCCUACAGAGUGCAGAUUUACUUUUGUGUAUUUAGUUACAGUGCUACAGGAGAGGCAACAACUGAAAGGUCUCUGGAAACUUUUUGUAACAUUAGCUGUAACAUUUAAGAGUGGUAACUUCAAUCUAGUUGCUUUUAAGACUAGUUAAAAGUUGGGUUAGGAGCCACAACUAUUUGGUACCAGUUGGGAAAGGAGGGUAAUAUUAAAAGCAUCAAGCUUUUUCACCAAGAUGGUAGGCAUGGAACAUGUUACACUUUUACUUGGGACAAGUGCAAUAUGUUUAAUUUAUAUGGUCUCUUUUUUUUGUUUUGUUUUUUUUUAAGAAAAACAAUAUAUUGCAUUUUGCACUGUAACAAAAUAUGGUGGAGAAACCUGUAAAACUGCUAUUUCUCUUUAUACCUUGGAGGUAUGUUGGAUGUUGUGCCUACUUGCACUGAAAUUCAAAUUGAAUGUGAAAUGUCUACUAAGCUGCACAUACACAACAACUCAGAGCAAAGACGAUAACACCUUUUGUAUGGUAUUCUGUAAUUAUUGUAUAUCAACUUAGAGGGAAUACGUUUUUCGGGGGGGGGUUGUUGUUUUUUUUUAAUUUUGAUCUGUCAUCUGUAUGUUUUUAAGUACAACUAUGACCCCCCCCUAUGUAUUUAUUAAACUCUGAUAUAUCCGGUUUUCA